AUGGCGGCGGCGACGGAGAACACACUCAACGUCGGCGACGUCGUCAUGGUAUACGGCGUUCGGGGCACAGUCCAGCACGUCGGACCGCGGGAAUACGUCAACAAGGGGGAUGGAGAGGUGCUUCGCCAGAUAAUCACGGUGAAGACCGACAAACCGCUCCGGGUUACGACGAAUCACGAGGAGCAGCUCAAAGCCGGCGAUGAUGAAUACGUAGCCUGCGUUCCCGCGGGGUCGGUGAAGCCUUACGAUGUGAAGGAGGCGGCCGCAACGCGUAUCCAGGCGUUCCUCAGGAUGGCGAUGUGCAGGGUGAAGUAUGUGCAGGAAUCAGCCUUCCUUUUCUGGGACCACAUGGAAAACCUACAGGAACAGCGUACUCUGGCCAGCAAAAGAGAUGUGUACAUACCCAUUCUGAAUCACAUCAAGAACAAGCACCAGGCGACGGGCGAGGAGAAGCCUAGUGCUCAGAAGAAACGCUUCUCAAACGGGUUCGAGGAGAUCAAGUGCCAGGAGUACAAGGAGAGCACCUACAAUGGACCAAAACUCGGAAAACAGGUGACCACCAAAUUCGCCAACGAGCUGUUGGACGCGUAUAAGUCCGGCCAAGUGACGAAACUACCGAUCGACUACGCUCAGCGUAUCCUGGUUGACAUGCUGAACUGGUACCGCAGCAAUGACAAGGGUGCCGUCAACCAUGUGGAGGUACCUUCGCACGAGAAUGGGAACCUCAUCGUUGUCGGGGACUUACACGGGCAGCUGAACGACUUCCUGUGGAUCCUGUACAAAUUCGGACCCCCGUCAAGCAGGAAUGUCUAUGUGUUCAACGGUGACAUUGCCGACCGUGGGAUGAACGCCACAAGCAUCUUCCUGCUGUUGUUCGCGUUCAAACUGGCCGAUCCGGGGUCGGUUAUCAUCAACCGCGGGAACCAUGAAUCGGAGGACAUGAAUGAGGCAUACGGGUUUGCCAGGGAGGUCCGCCAGAAAUACGACGGACACAUCUACAACCUGUUCCAGAGGAUUUUCUGGGAGCUGCCCCUGACUAUUGUUAUAGAAAAGCGCAUAAUUGUGAUCCACGGAGGCCUCUUCAGGUACGACGGAGUCACUCUGGAUGUAAUCAGCAAGGUUAACCGCAAAAGAAUGUGUCCGGCAUCCCCGGACACGUUUGAUGACAGUAUUGUCUUCGACAUGCUUUGGUCAGACCCGCAGGACAAGGAGGGCAGGUCAUCUAGCACCAGAGGCGCGGACUGCAUCAGGUUCGGACCGGAUGUGACGGCUGCCUUCCUAGACCUGAACAAGCUGGAGGUCUGCAUCAGGUCGCACCAGGUGCCUAGCACCCUUAAGGGUAUAGAGACCUCGCACAACGGAAGAUGUGUUACGUUGUUCUCGGCAUCAAACUACUGUCAAACGACCGGAAAUACCGGCGCAAUCCUUAUAUUCACCAAGGGGCUGCACUUCGAGGUCAAGGAGUACAUGUCGCCGUCGCUGGAAGCCAUAAACACGCUCGCCAACAACACCAACACUGUCACCAACAAGGUCAUAGACGCCGCCCUUUCCGUAGAAAUGGAAAAGGAAACGCAGUACCUCAACAGGCACAGAUCCGAGAAAAUGCUCAACGACAUUCUCAUCAAAAUCGCCGAUAUUGUCUGUGAAAAGAAGCAGGCGCUGUGGCUGCAUUGUUACAAGUACGAUACGGCCAAGAACGGAAUGGUGGAUCCGCAACCGUGGACGGACGGUCUGUCAGAGCUAGUGGGCAUCAAAAUACCGCGGCUAUUCUCCAUAUGGCUGCUGAAGGCCCUGGACAAGACCACCGGUAAAGUGCCGUACAACGAUGUGCUUAAGAGGUUCCACAUCGGAUUCGAUCCCGUUGGGCACAGCCACAAGAACAUAGAGAGGGAGUGCAUUGCCCACAUCUUUGACACCAUGAUUAAGUCGGACCUCAGCCUGAAGGAGAUCCUCAUGGUGUUCGACCGCAACCUCGACGGUGUGGUGUCGUACGCCGAGCUGGACGAGGCGAUUAGGAAGCUCAAUGUUGGACUCUCAAACCCGCAGAUCAAGAUUCUCAUGCGGACGAUUCUGAGUAGUUGCAUAGACAACGAGGGCGGGAGGGCCGAUAUCGUGGAAUUCCUCAGCAAACUCAAGGUCAUCUACUCGGCGUCUACCAGGUACAAGGUUAAGGCUGACUGGAUGGAAGCUGCGCUGCCCGCUAUCGGUAGGGUGAUCCUCUCCGACAGGACGGAGGCGGCCGCCAGGUACUACAACCCCAACUACGACCCAAAUGCGGCUGCUGCAAGUGCUAGCAGAGACGAGACUUCUAGAAGACGGUCGUCCGCGAUCAGGGCGGUGGCGCUAUUCCAGAAGUUCCAGGACUACGACAAAAUCGGUGGUGGGCUGCUUUCGUACUCGGACUUCGCCGAGGCUAUCAAGAAGCUCGACCUCAGCAAGGCUGAGCAAGAGCUGGGCUUCAAGAUCACCGACCAGCACCUGUUCGAAAUCGCCCACAUGAUCGACGUCACCAACACCAACAAGAUCAACUACCUCGAGUUCCUCCAGGCCUUCUACGUGGUGGACCAGAACAAGUACUCUGUUGUGAACGAGAUGUGGGACCACAUAUGCAGCACGCUGUACAAGCACAGGAGCAGCCUCAGGCAUGCCUUCCACUCCUACGACACGUCACACAACGGCAGUGUCUACAUUCACGAGUUCAAGGAGGUACUAUACGCAAUGUACGAUACGCUCGGCUACACAGAGGCGCCUUUCACGUUCGAGCAAACUGAGAUUCUCGUCGAGUGCAUCGACACCAACGACGAGGGGAUGAUCAUGUACAACGACUUCCUGGAGUCCUUCCACCCACAAUAUACCAUCAACACGCAAUAA